AUGGCGGCCCCACAUGAACUUCGAUUUGAUGACAAUUUUGUGGAUUUACCUGCGUUUUCUAGCCAUCCCGGUGAAGAGGUUAAGCUAGAAAAUGCCCCGAAAGAUCCGCUUUACGACUUGAUUGAUUCAGAUCGUUACAUAAAGAGUUUAGAGAAUAAGUUGAGGAAAUUAAAAGGUGGCAGUAAGAAAGAACCAACUGCUAAAGAUAUGAUUUCAUCCUUGGAGAAAUCAAAAGAGGACCACUUCAGACGAUUAGAGCAAUUCAAGGAAGAUUAUGUGUCUAACUUUGUGUCGGAUUCUUUAACAUCUGAUAAUGAUUCGUCUUUAUCAUACAUUCAACGGAGGAUUCACCCAGACAGAAUAGCUAUUGACCCAGAGGAACUGAUGGAACUUUUGCAGGAUAAUGCAGUGGAGAAACAAGUCGAAAAGUCACAAAUGGAUAACAGUGACCAAUCAAUUCCAGGAAACAAUGAAAUACCUGCUGCAAAUGUUUUAUCAAAUGUGACAGGCAGAGGUGAACUUUCUAGCCAACUGGAGGAAAUGAAACCUCAAGCCAGUGAAAAAAGUAGCAGUGAUCAAGCGGACUGAAAGAUGACAGUAAUUCAGGGUUUAAUAUGUUUUCAUAUAGGUUAUGUGUGACAAAGCGACUUUGUUGUAGUUUGAACCAAGGACCUUUGGUUAAUCUGCUCUUUUGCUAAGUGUUUCAGACUGAAGGAAAUGUAUUUGAACCCAGCUGUAGAUAAGCAUUACAUCCCAUCCGGUUACAGAUGUAACCCUCCAGAAAGAAAGCGGCUGGGACACCAAAAUUAUGCCAACUCCAAUUCAGUCUGCUUCACACUGGGGACCUCCUGGCAUGGACUGUUCAUGCAUAAUCAUGUGACAUGAUGUGGUUUGAUACAUGUAUACAUACUCAAUGAAUUUUCAUUAGCUAUGAAUAGUAACUGUGCCUUGACACUGGAUAUUCAGGUUUCUAAAAUCAUAAUAUGAUGUACAGUGCUUUCUUUAUAUGUCAGGGUCUACUUCAACAUUCAAAAUGAAGACUGAGUACUAAUAAACUACAAAACUGUAAACUUGAACUACUAACACAAUUUGUUGAAAUUGUUUUAGCGGUGUGGAACAUUUUGGAAUCUUUUUUUUUUUUUUUUUAUUCAUUUGUGUAUAAUAUUUUUUCCCGAAGAAAAAUGUACUGUUAGAGUAUUUGAGCGUUGUUUAGGGAUUAUCAUAUUUGUGUGUACAUGCUCAUUUAGCAUUUACUAUCCCGGACAAGAGGUUAAAGCAUCUGUCAAGUAAUCAGGAGAAAUGGGCUCAAUUCU